AAAGUGACAGUCCGUACAUAUAAAAACAUUUUCAAUUACAAGAUAGGACGCACACAACCCGCAUAAAAAGCUUCAUCUCUGCUCUGCCCCCAGCUCUCCCAUAAAAUACAAAAACAGAGAGAGAGAAGAGACUUUUCCAGAGAGACUUCAAUCUUCAAUGUUGUGUUACAUGAAAUGGCAAUUUCAGGUGCAGAAACUCAAUCAAAUCCUGCUACUAAGCCUGGCCCCCAGGUCGAAGUAGAGUCAGUUAAAUGCUACUCGUGUGGAUUCACAGAGGAGUGCACCCCUGACUAUAUUUCCCGCGUCCGCGAUCGCUACCAUGGGCAGUGGAUUUGUGGGCUCUGCGUUGAAGCAGUGAAAGAUGAAGUUUUGAGAUCAGAUAGGCUCAUCACUACCGAAGAAGCUCUAAACAGGCACAUGAGUUUCUGUAACAAGUUCAGAUCAUCUAGUCCUCCCAACCAAACAGAGCAUCCUAUCUCUGUCAUGGGCAGGAUUCUUCGCAGGAGUUUGGAUUCUCCUCGAGCUAUUCGAUCUAAUUCUAGUGGUGUUUUGCCUGAUGUUGAUGUUGAAAAGAUUAAAGGUUCGGCAUUAGUUCGAUCUGGGAGUUGUUUCUCUGCUUUGUCUAGGUGAAUUCUCUUUUUCUAGUUCGCAAAGGUAAAUAUAAAAACCAAUGAAACUCUAUUUUGUUUAGUGAUUUAACAGAGUAUUAUUGGCUAAGUAUUUUAUCUUCUUGAGGAAAUUAAUGAAAUACAGAGAAUUUUGUUUAAA